GCAGGCACUGAGCCAAGAGAGAGAGAGCAGGGGAAAGUUGAGAGAGAGCCAGAGGGGCAGGCUAGCAGCCAAAAGGAAGAAGAAACUGGGGCUCUUCUAUCCAGGAAGAAGAGAAAGGACCAUCCAAACCAGCAGCCACCAGCCACCAGGGUUACUGCAGCACUCCUCCUGUCCAUUCUCUUGCUCUCUUCUCUCUCUCUCUCUCUCUCUCUCUCUCUCUCUCUCUGUCUCUCUCUCUGACUGGGACUGCAUCGCGCCUUUCUCUGCAGAGGAAUCGCUGGCUGAUAGAAUCUCCUUGACUGCACCCUGACUGACUGGCUGUGCGCAGUGAUUCUCCCCUGGCUCAGCUCCUCUCUGCUCUGCCGUGUGUUCGUCCUCACUGACUCAGCUGUGCUGUGUAGUCAGCCUGCUGGUCCGGCUUCUCAGGGAAUACAGCCACAGGAAGAGGAGGGUCGGGGCUGGCAGGAAGACGCACCGCAACCAGGACUGGCUAACAACACAGUGGGACGUGGUGCCUCGGUUGGGACCAGAUCAGUCGCCAAGGCACAACGAACAACCACACCAGGGGGAUUCAGGUUCACACAGACCUGACCAGUUUCUGAGGGGAUAACUCCAGCCCAACGGACCCUGGGCUGGAUCCCACAGCAGGGGGUGUUUUGGACGGGAUCAGAGUGCCAUGGAGGUUCAGGGGAGUGGGGCUGAGGAGCCCAGGUCCAGGGGUCCGUUGUCCUCACACACCGCCUGGCCCCGGACCAGCCUGAUCAUCACUUUGCUGCUCAGUGUGUGGUCUGCUCAGGGCCUGGAGAUGUCCACAGGGAAGGUCCCGUUCCUGGAGGCGUUGAAUGGCAGUACUGUGGUGCUACCCUGCACCUACGCCAGCUGUAUCGGCAUCAAAAACCUUUACUUCAACUGGCAGUACAACGACAACGGCACUAUGCAGAAGGUGUGUGAGUCUGUGAUUCCGUCAGACGGGAUGGAUCCCCAUCCAGUGAGUAUCUACCGGGAGCGGGUGGAGUUUAUCGGCACCAGUGAUCACAACAACAUCUCCAUCCUGCUUUCGAACAUCACCUUCGAGGACGAGGGCCAGUACACCUGCUUCGGACGCAACCCCAAAGAGAAGGGCAAGAACCACAGCGCUAUCUUUACCCUUGUCGUGGUGGACGAGUUACGAGUGGUGGACAACACUCUCACCAUCAUAAUUGCUUCUGCAGUGGGCGGAGCCAUCGCCCUGCUGAUGACUUUCAUGCUGGUGAAGAACUUCAUCCUCUUCGUUCUCUUCAAAAUCGAGGAGAAGAAAAAGAUCGAGUGCCUUGUACAAUCUUCCUCAGCAGAUGAAACAAACAAUGUCUCAGGAUCCAAAACUUCAAAACCAACGACACCAAAGAAGAAAUGAGAGUACUUGCAUGUAUGUACAUCCAUAUAUAAAUAUACAGUUAUAUCUAUGCAUAUAUUUACAUGCACAAACAUGUGUACGCACUCAUGUGACUCCAUGGGCAGGUUUCUUGGGCAGGUUUUUUGGACUGAGAAGCACGUCUGAUGGAGAUUCUUCAUUGAAAGUGUUUGUUAGUCCAAUAAGCUUAGGCUGUGUCCGGGAAACCGCCCCCAUAUGUUCAAGUUGAUAUAUUGUUUAAAAGAAACUCUUAAACCUAGGACUGUUUUUCAUAAGAUAAUUUAAAAAAAUGUAUUAAUUGAAAAUACGCUUGAAAUGGGGAAUAAUGCGAUGUCAUAAUGUUGUUUAAACUGUACUGGAUCCUGCUCCUCUCUUCACCAACCCCACUACCCUGGGCUUAACUGAAACUGUCUACAAAUUCAAAUAUUGUGUUUUGUGGAAAAAAAUAUGGGAUAUUAUUCACUGUCUAAUUCAAUCUCCAGUGACAUUAUGCCACUUCAGAUUCAGCUUCAGUCCUAUUCAGUAAUGCUCUGAUUCACAUAGAGUUGAGUUUAGUCUAGUGUUGUCUAGAUAGAAUACAAUGAUAUUAACUAUGCCUAUCAAAAGUGAUUCAUUAAGCCUAUUUUAUAAUAUUUAGAAACAAAGGUCUCUAAAAGGGUGAUGCUGUGGUGAGGAGUUAGAAAGGAUCCAGUUCAGAACUGAAUACACUUUCUUUGCUUGAUAUAAAACACUGGUGCCUGUUAGCGCUUCUAUCUUCCUCUGCUGAUAGGGAAGACUAAAUACUGAAAAACCAUUUACCAAAUGCAGCAAAACGCAAGCGAAUAAUACUGCAAGCUGAUGAAUGAAAUUAUAGACAAUCCCUUGAAACCAACCCCCUAGAAAAAAUGAAUAAACCUCUAAUAAUGCUGCUUUUAAGACAAAUUACCUUUUAAUGCAUUUAUAAGCAUGUGAAACCCCAGGGCAGAUUUAGAGACACAAUGCUUGACAAUAGACAUGUACUCUCUCUUGUGUUCUUUUCUUGAAUCCAAGAUUUAACCACAUGUAAUGUGGUAAGUUCUAUUUGCUUUGAAGCUGGAUCUAAAUCUCCUCAUAUCAUGCCAACCCCCACUACAUCCAGUGUGCCAACCAUGGUUGGCAAGGCUAUGCACACUAUUUGGUAAAGUGGGUCUUCUGGCUUGAACAUUAACUACCCCCCACAGAAAUACCCGCCACAUUUCUUAUAGUAAGUCACUUACAAAUAGAUCUCUCUUUGCUGUACAGAGCACAUUCACUCAGACCCAUUUUUUUACACACUGCAAUAAGUACUCAUAAGCUGCAGUGCAGCAGAAUUUAUGAUGGUUCAUUCAUGGCUCAUGAUUCAACACAAAUUCAGCAUAUCCAUCAGCUACAGUCAUUACGGAUACCUUCACUAACUACACCAUAAAGAGAUGCAUGGGGCAGCAGUUAUGUUGCAGGUAGAGUGAAAGACUGGAACAUAUCUUUACUGGACAGUGUAGAAUAGACACACAACUAAUAUCCCAUAUUUAGCCCAUUUAUUGUGCCAAACUGGGAUAACCCUGAGAAACCAACAUCUGAUCAGGAAUGGGAUGUCAUCGGGUUGCUAAGUUACUAUGGAAACCCAUUGCUACUGAACUGCAAUGUCAAGAUACAAUAGUGGCAUGUUUAACUCACUGAAUGUAUUGUUUUCAAAAUACCUCCAGUGCGUGACAGAAUUUAGGGAAAACCAUGUUCAGGGAAGAAGUUCACAUCAAUGUCCAUUGUCCAGGAACUUGCUGAAUCUGUCAUUGUAUAAACAUAACAAAUAUACCUCCCUCAAUCACUUGCUGAACCUGUUUCUAAUGUGGACAAGCCCUGGUAUUGCUGUUCCCAUGGCAUAGCCCUUCAAAUAAAUGCACUGGGUUGUAGCAAUAGCAGGAAGGUCUUUUGGGCACUUUACCUUAGAUAUGUAUAUUAUUUGGCUGUGCUAUUUAUGUGUGUAAACCACAGAGAUGUGUUGUAUCGGUGGAGCAGUGAGUAAAUGGCUGUAUAUUUAACAUGAGGGUAAAGUUGGCCGCUGUCUUAGAUGAGAACAGACAGACACCAUGGUUAGACCAUCGACAAUAGUACAUGUACUAUCUCUGGUUGGACAUUGCUUUGAGCUUGUGGCACUGAAUCCCUGGCUGAUUCAUACUCUCUUAAGAUAAGUGAUACUAUGCAAACACAAACACCACUACUGAGAGGAAGACGCACUGUAGGACAGGCUUCUGCAGUUCUCUCAGUGGGCUCUGCUUUCACAACGCUGCCCUGACAUCACAGCAACAUGACUAUAGCUACUGCAGGAUUCCAAUAAACGAUUUUGAGUUCCUUUUACUGUGAUUAUAAUGUAAGCAAUAAAAAUGACAAGAGCAACAGUAAUCAAAGUGGCUUAUGGGAAAUGGUGUUCUGAUGAGCUGAUCCAGGUUGGAUGAGGAACAUAGGCUUAUGGUGCUUGAUUUCAGCCCUUGAGGUCUGCAGCACUGCUAUAUUUCAUUGUUUUUAACCAGGGACUGUCUGGUUCAGACCUGUGACACCACCUGUUAACAGAUUUUCUGGCCAAUCAAUUAUAUUAUUCAAUCAAUUAACUAUAAAGGAGAAGUACAGAGUAGUGCAGACCUCGCUGCUCAGAUUUGAAUACUUAUUUUGCCUGUAAUGCACUGAUGUAUAGGCUUCCCCUUCUCACUCUGGGAAGCUAGCCUCCCUUUUUCUGUUACAAUAUUUGGCCCUUUGUGAAUGUUUGGAAGGCACAGAGUAGUGUCUUCUCCCAUGUCUAGUCUAGGUCAGUUGUGAUGUGUAGAAAUCUCAGUGGAGAUGGUGUCCAGUGUGAAAAGACCUUACAAGGUUCCUGAAUGUUAGAACCUAUGGAGAUAUGCAAUAUACAGUAUGUCAUUUAAAGGAGUAAGAUUUAAGCCAUAAAUCCAAUUUCUUGUUUUAAGACUGCUUACAAAUGCUUAAAAAUGACAGUACAGUUUAGAAGUUUUGUACUGCUAAUGUUCUUGCUAUUGUUGUCAACCUCACAAACGAGAACCAAUCGUAAUACAGGAAGUUGUACACAACUAAUUUGCAGUAUCACGCAGCAUUCUAAAAAGUAGAUUUUAUUCUUGUGAUAUCUAUUCCUUUGCUACUACUGGUAUGUAAUUGACAUUUGGCGCUAGUUGCAGGUGGAAAUGUUACAUGUAUAACCUCUAAACAAAGCCUAACUGUGAAAGUGACUCACGUGUUCUGUUGAAAUGCCCUUACACAGUUCUGGAUGACCUAGUACCAACUGUCUUCCUUGUACCCUUUAUUUUGACAACUGUACAGAAAACUGGAUAGGAAAUUAUGAGAACACUGUUUUACCAAGUUGUAGUAGCGGAGUUGAUUAAAUAGUGACCUCUCAUCCAUUAUUGCACUUAAGACAACAGAACAUUUGAAUCUAUAAUAUACCCAGACAUUACUGACCACUUGGUCCCACAUUCCUCUUCCAACUAAUGAGCAAGGCACUUAACCCUAAUUGCUCCUGUAAGUCGCUCUGGAUAAGAGCGUCUGCUAAAUGACCAAUUUAUUUUAUUAUUUAUGAAUGUACAGACAUUUCUUUCUAUUCCCUCAAAUGAUGCCCCCCAUGUAAUCUCUCCAUCAUGCAUAUCCGCUCAAUUUUUAUUUAUUAUAAAAAGCCACAAGAAUCCAAUAAACUUUUGAAUACAA